AUGUCAUACCACUGCGUCCUGUGCACCCUGACUCUUGCGGUGCUUGUUGCUGGGAAUGUCCAUCCAGAAUGUGAUUUUAUAGCAGAGCUGAAGAAAAAAGAGGCUGAAUGCCUGGAAAACUCAGAGGAGCGCAGGAAUGCAACAUCAGGUUGCAAGAAAACCUGGGACAAAUUACUGUGCUGGCCAGAGGCAGAUGCUGGAGAGACUCUUGCCUUACCUUGCCCAAACAUCCUCUUUCACUUCAUGGAAGAGCCAGCUGGGAUAGUAAGGAGAAACUGCACAAAGAAAGGCUGGUCAGAGCCAUUCCCUUCCUAUCAUAUUGCUUGUCCAGUUGAAGAUGAGAUUCCACUUCAAGAACAAUCCUACUUUUCUACGAUAAAGAUAAUAUAUACCAUAGGAUACAGUGUGUCUAUUACCUCACUCGUUAUUGCUGUGACAGUUCUUAUGGCAUUCAGGAGGCUACGCUGCCCCAGAAAUUACAUCCAUAUACAGCUCUUUUUUACUUUCAUCUUAAAGGCUAUUGCCAUUUUCAUUAAGGAUUCUGUCCUUUUCCAAGAGGAAGGCAUUGACCAUUGCAGCUUCUCUACAACUGAAUGCAAGAUCUCAGUUGUUUUCUGUCACUACUUCAUGAUGACCAAUUUCAUAUGGCUGCUGGUAGAGGCUCUUUACCUUAACUGUCUACUACUCUCAUCCCUUUCUCAUGGAAGAAGAUAUUUCUGGUGGCUGGUUCUCUUUGGUUGGGGUUUUCCAACACUUUUCACCUUUAUCUGGAUAUUAGCAAAAUUCUACUUUGAAGACACAGCAUGCUGGGAUAUUAAUCAAGACUCUCCUUACUGGUGGCUAAUCAAAGGACCUAUUAUAAUUUCUGUUGGGGUCAAUUUUGUCCUAUUUAUCAACAUCAUCAGAAUUUUGCUGAAAAAACUAGACCCUAGACAAAUCAACUUCAAUAACUCAUCUCAGUACAGACGCCUCUCAAGGUCAACUCUGCUUCUAAUUCCAUUAUUUGGAACCCAUUACAUUGUCUUCAACUUUCUUCCGGAAUAUACCAGCCUUGGCAUUCGGCUUUAUUUAGAGCUCUGCAUUGGAUCUUUUCAGGGGUUUAUUGUAGCACUCCUCUACUGUUUCCUGAACCAAGAGGUGCAAACGGAAAUUGGGCGGAGAUGGCACGGUAAGAGGUAUGGACUUGUGCCAGUUUGGAGAAGGACAAGAUGGACUGUGCCAACCAGUUCUGGAGUAAAAAUGAAUACAUCUGUGUGCUAA